AGUUACCGUCUUCUCUCGCGAGAGGUCACCACAGACGUCAGAUCACCUUUGGCACAGUUUGGUCUGAGCUGCUGUUUCUCUGAGGAGCAGAAAGCAGCGUCCAACAUGAACCGAGCCUUGAACAAGACGAGCCUGAGGCAGCUGACUGGUCUCCUUCAGAGGUUUCAAAGCACCUUGGUGGUUGCAGAGCACAACAAUGACAAGCUGACGCCCAUCACGCUCAACGCCAUCACAGCUGCCAGUCAGCUGGGGGGAGAGGUGUCCUGUCUGGUCGCUGGAACAGACUGUGCUAAGGUUGUGGCGCAAAUCAGCACAGUCCAAGGUGUGAAGAAGAUUCUGGUGGCCCAACAUGACUCCUAUAAAGGUUCCUUGCCAGAGGAGUUGACUCCACUAAUCUUGGCCAUACAAAAACAGUUCAGCUUCACCCACAUCUGUGCUGGUGCCUCUGCCUUUGGAAAGAACCUGCUUCCCAGAGUGGCUGCCAAGUUGGAUGUCGCCCCAGUGUCAGAUAUCAUUGAGAUCAAGUCUCCAGACACUUUUGUCAGAACCAUUUAUGCAGGAAAUGCUCUCUGCACUGUGAAAUGUAAUGAGGCAGUCAAGGUCUUCACCGUCAGAGGGACGUCCUUUGAGGCAGCGGAAACAGAGGGAGGAAGUGCCUCAUCAGAAGAUGUUGCUGCGUCCUCACCCGCUGGAGUGUCUGAGUGGCUGGAACAGUGUCUGACAAAGAGCGACCGCCCAGAGCUGACAAGCGCUAAGGUUGUGGUGUCAGGAGGCAGGGGCUUGAAGAGCGGGGACAAUUUCAAGCUGCUUUAUGACCUUGCUGACAAAAUGAAUGCUGCAGUUGGUGCAUCCAGAGCUGCAGUGGAUGCUGGGUAUGUCCCGAACGACAUGCAGGUUGGACAGACUGGAAAAAUUGUUGCACCAGACUUGUACAUCGCUGUCGGUAUCUCUGGAGCCAUUCAACAUCUGGCUGGAAUGAAAGAUAGCAAGACUAUUGUUGCUAUCAACAAAGACCCGGAGGCUCCCAUUUUCCAGGUGGCUGACUAUGGCUUGGUGGCUGAUCUUUUCAAGGCUGUUCCUGAGAUGACGGAGGCUCUGAGCAAGUGAUGGGAAACAAGCCGAAACAAAGGUUGAACUAAAACUUCCAGUGCACAGCUGGGGGAGUGACCACAGGAUGUUACAGCCGCUGGUGCUGUGAGUGUCUGCGUGUGGAAAUAAAAGCCUCAACAUCUCUACCUGGCAAACACUCAAUAUGGAAUUAAUUGAGUUUAAUAUUAAAGUUUUAUACAAGCUCUAUACAAGUACCUGUAAAUAAGCUUGUACUCACCUUUGGCAAGAGUUUAUUUUGUGCCUCCAGUAGUCCACAUGUUGUAAUUUGUUUCAUUUUUAAGGUAAAGGAAUGGACAUCUUCAAUAAUGCUUACCUUCUCUUUUCGGAUGUGUGACCAUGUAAAGUAGUUUGGCUGUAAGAUGUAGCUGCUCACACUGCGGAUGUAAUUAUUGAGAUGCUCUUGGAAAAUGAUUGUAUUAAAUUGACAAGUAAUAACCAGCUCUCUUAUUUUGCCAUGACGUCCCCUUUAUUGGGUUUGUAAUGUAAUGCCCUCUGUCCAUGAUGGAGAUAGAAAAUGCAAUAAACGGGGAUAGUUUGCAAUGUUUAAGUGGCAAAUCCUGAAGGUU